AUGCGAGGGUACACUGUUACCCCUCGAGUGGCCCCUGUGUGCGGAGGCAUCGACUUAAUUAUCGAAGGAAUCGACAAUCAAAGCUUGAAGAGACAGGAGAAGACGACUCUGCUGGCUAUUGAAGGCUCAAGACAACGGCACAUAUGUUCCACAAUUCAACAUCCGAAAAUCCCCAAUGCCGUAGUCUGCGCUGUUCCAGAGCACGAGCCUGCCGAGGAAUGCAGCUUAUCACUAAUCUUCUUCGGGACAGUCAACGAGUGCAUCGAAAUCAUUCCUAUCGGUAGACUCAAGUAUCAAACUGAUCAGACUCAACUUUUGGCAGUUUAUCUCGCCAAGUCCGUGCAUGACGUGGAAUCACUGGAAGAUUGGGAUGAAAUACGUGGCACUGGAUUUUCACUCUGCGACGAAGAUUUCGCGACGCUAGACGAUCGCCUCUGCGCCGCUUUUCAUCACCUUCUUUUGCUUCGGGAUGCGAAAAUUAUUAGAUAA